GGAAAGUAGCUUUCCUGAGACCACAGAGCCAGUCCAUGCAAAGCAAGACUCAGAAGCUAUGCAGGCUGUGCCUCAGCCCGCCUGCUGCCCCUCCAAUACCAAGACACCAGGCACUUAACCCUGCCUUAGUGUGGCUGAGUAGAAAUGACACCCAGGAGCCAUUACACACCCUCUGCCUCGCAGACAAAAUAAGGGUAUCAGAAAGAGCCAGUAGAGCUUGGAUUACCACCUCUUGGCCGCUGGCGAAGGACAGAGGUGAUGAGCAGCUUGAGAGCCCUUCUCCCACCCUCAAGAUGGCUGAGGUGCUGCUGGGCCAGGAGCCGUGGAACCGCGUGAGGAUCCCCAGGGCGGGGAGCUGCAGCACGGUGACCGUGCGGGACUCCGGCGCGGGCCUCGAUGUUUGCGUUGCGGCUGUCAUCAAAGAAUGCAACCUCGUUGCUUUAUCUCUGAAGAGCCAGGUCUUGGAUGCUGAAGCGGAUGUGUUGUGCGCAGUCCUUUACAGCCAUCACAACCGAAUGGGCCGCCACAAGCCGCACCUCGCUCUCAAGCAGGUGGAACAAUGUUUAAAACGCUUGAAAAAGAUGAACUUGGAGGGUGCUAUUCAAGAUCUGUCAGUGCUGUUUUCUUCCGAUGAGAAUCGGCCUGCCCCUCCCGACAUGCGUGUCCUCCCCAGCCAGCCACUGCUGGAGCUGGUGCUGCUGAAGGUGCUGGGAGCCUGCAAGCUGUUGCUCCGCCUGCUGGACCGCUGCUGCAAGGCCUUCCUCUUGACUGUGAAGCAUCUAGGUUUGCAGGAGUUCAUUAUUUUAAACCUUGUGAUGGUUGGGCUAGUGAGCAGGUUAUGGGUUCUCUAUAAAGGUAUCUUGAGAAGGUUGGUUUCCUUAUAUGAGCCAUUAUUUGGAUUGCUUCAAGUGGUUUCUAGGAUUCAACCAAUGCCUUACUUCAAAGAUUUUACCUUUCCUUCCAAUAUUGCUGAGUUUCUAGGGCAGCCCUAUUUUGACAUUUUUCAGCAAAAAUUACCUACGACGCUUGCAGCUAAAGGAGUAACUAAAUUGCUCAAUAGACUGUUUUUAACAAAAGAACAGUCACCAAGGUCUGGUGAAGAAACCUUACGUAAAAUUUCCGAAAAGGCCAAACAGAUGAAGAUAGACCUGCAGAAUGUUCCGGACCUGGGACAGCCAGUGACGAGUAGCCAGGUCUGCAAAGAAAAGUCCUCAGAUUUUGAUGUGAGAGUUUUCUGCAAACAGCUGAAACACAGAGCUACCCAGGAGAAGAGCUCUGCGUUUCAGUGUUCUCGGCCCAACGCGAGGACAGCCAGACCUUCUCCCAGAGCGAGACGAGCUCCUGGUGCGAAAAGGCUGGUGCAAAGACUCCGAGAAGCUGAGACUUUCACACAACUCUCAGAAGAAAUCCAAGUGGCUGUUACAUGGUGCAGGAGCAAAAAACUCAAAGCUCAGGCCACCUUUCUGAGUAACAAACUUCUGAAAAGUAACCGGCUUAAACAUGUGGAAGCUCAAGGUUACAGUUUGCCAAAGAAACUAGAAUGCAUGAAAACAUCCAUUUGCAACUGCCUUCUUCAUGGCUCAGGUGCCAGAACUUCAAAGCAUCACCUGAGACAAAGAAGAUCACAGAAUGCAUUUCUACCAAGACAAAGAAAACCACAGAGGAAGGUUCAGUCAGUUCUAUUAAAGGAAAUUCAGCAGUUCUCUCAAGGGACUCAGGAGAUUGCUACAGAUCCUAGCACCAAGAGGAGGCUGGCUGACCAUGCAGUUCGCAGCCCUGAGCUGUCCCGGAACUCCAAGAGUAAGCAACUUUUGAGUAGUGGAAGUGUAAAUCCGGACUUACAGACCACAGAGAAACAGACUCGAGAAAACCGCACAGGAAGCAAUGAACAUGAAACUGAUUCAUGGAGAAUGAUGCAGAUGAACAAAUGUAAUACAUCAGGAUUCACUAAAGAGAAGGAUGACAUUGAUGAUAUUUUUGCUUUAAUGGGAGUUUAGGUGUUCUUACAUGAGACUUCUAAGCAAUUAAGCUGGCUUAAUGUUCUGCUGUUUUAAGUGGAACUGCUAAAAUCUUGAAGUACUGUUUGGAUGGGAUUCAGGGAGAAAUUGCAUUAGGGCAGUAUUGCUCAGAGGUUUACUUUAAUAAAAUGUUGUAGCUAUGUGUCACUUAAAUAUUUAUUUGGCCUUGAGCAAGUACCAGGUAUCAAGAAGAAACAUCUGCGACAGGUGGCCUUUAAGCAGAUGUACUUCCUUGGCUGUGGAUGAUAGGUCACUGGAAAAGUCAAUAGUUUUAUGAUUUCUCAGGGAAUUAUUUAAAUAAUUAAGGUUAUAAAAACUUUGUGCUAGGCCAAGUGUGCUGGCCUAGUGGCUAAAGUCCUUGCCUUGCACAUGCCGAGAUCCUGUGUGGGAGUCGGUUCGUAUCCUGGUUGUUCCAUUUCCCAUCCAGCUCCCUGCUUGU